UAAAUUUAAAAAAAUUAUUUUUGUGACAGAUGGCACCUGAUUUCGAUCAUUUAACAUUAAUGCAAAAAGUUGAAGUAUUUGAGCAUGCAUUGGAACACACAAAUGGUGAUGAUCUUGCAAAAUUAUUAUGGUUAAAAAGUCCGAGUUCAGAAGUUUGGUUUGAUAGACGCACAAAUUAUACACGUUCCUUAGCAGUGAUGUCUAUGGUAGGAUAUGUUUUAGGCUUAGGAGACAGACAUCCAUCAAAUUUAAUGUUAGAUCGCUUAAGUGGAAAAAUAUUGCACAUUGAUUUUGGAGAUUGUUUUGAAGUAGCAAUGACAAGGGAAAAAUUUCCAGAAAAAAUACCCUUUCGUUUAACACGUAUGCUUAUCAAUGCAAUGGAGGUAACUGGAAUAGAAGGAACCUACAGGGUAACCUGUGAAAAAGUAAUGAAAGUAUUGAGGAAAAACAAAGAUAGUUUAAUGGCUGUCCUUGAAGCAUUUGUAUAUGAUCCUUUAUUGAAUUGGCGUCUAAUGGAUACUCAACCAAAAACUAAACCCUCAAAAUCUCACAGUGACUCUACAUCAUCUAGUCAAGAACAAGCAGAUAUUUUAGACAAUGUAGAUGUUCCUUCACAAAUAGAAAAAAAAUUUGAGGAGUGUUAUAAUGAUGGAGAAAUUGUGGGGAGUCAGCCAGAAGCUUUAAACAAGAAAGCCAUAUCUAUCAUUACAAGAGUCCGUGAUAAAUUAACAGGUUAA